AACAUUUAUCAAAUUAUUUUCGCCAUUAAAUUCCUCGCCCUUGCCUUGAUCGCAAGUCGAUUACCGCAAACUACAUAUUUCCAUGGAAAAUUGCAUAUCAAUGUUUUCCACGGUGUUGUUUUUCCUGCUUGGAAAUUUCGUAUUAUGCAAUGCAUUUGCUCCAUACGGAUAUGGAGGUGUGACUUAUGAAGAGUUCAACCCAAUGGAAGAGUCCUUACAAACGAGCAUGUACCAGCAGAACUUUACGUAUUGGAUAGCCCAACAUACUAAUCUUUCUCAGACGGAAUUAAGUUCAAUUCCAGUCUCAAAUCUGUCAGAAAUCUUUAUGCGAAGCGAUUUCGCAAGUUUGGAUUUGGCUCUCAAGGAUUACACGAUGUCAAUACUGCUAUCUAACGUCGGGCACGCAUGCGUGGGGAUUGAUUUAAAGAAAAGUGAAAUUUCUGCAAUGUUCAUCACUCCUGAGGUUAAUCUAACAGGAAACUAUGUCACAAACGGAUCCUUGCUCAAUGGCAGUAUCCCAUUUCAAUCUACGGGAAAUUGGAAUGCGUCGCUAUCUAUGACGUGUACAUUAAAGUCAAAUUUUUAUUACGUGAAUGGUUCACAUAUUACGCUCAAUACGCACGGUGUAGCUGGAAAAUAUCAAUCUUACUUUAAAUGUGGAAAAGAUGAUUAUUAUGAUGCCUAUGGUCGUACUCAAAUUGAGUCAAGAUGCGAUUCUUUGACGAAUACUCACAAUAACAACGUGAUGAAUCAAAGGUUUGAUGGAUUGUGGGACAAAUUGGAGACAUCUGAUGAAAAUAAAAAGCACUCCAAGGGAAUUGAGAGGUACAUUGAGAGAUGGAUAAGCAAAGGAAUACAACGUUUGAGUGAUACUCAGGAAGUCAUAAAGGACAAAUUGGGAAUGUUUAUGUUUAAAUAUUUAACAAAUAUUUUGGAGCAAAAAUCUGUUUUCGAAAUGAUGGACUUUAAUGCGAAUCGUGGGUAAAAUAUGCAUGCAUGUAUUAAUCCUAAGGAUCCAUGAACUCUGUUCAUAGCGGAAUUAAAAAAAUAAAGUCGAAAUGUAUUUCAUAA